GCUCAGGCGCCAGCCAGAGCUGCAGUGCCGACCCGCCAGAGGGAAAGCGAGGUCGGGCGAGGAGCCGCCGGCGGGCAGCGAGGCCCCUCUGACCCGCCUUCGAGGCCAUGUGCAUGCCGUGCAUGCCCGCUCCUAAUAAAGCGAUGGGGCCGGGAAGCGGCCGCCCGCUUGUGCGCGCCCUAUAAAUAUUCAGCCGGCCCCGGAGAUCAGCUCGGGUGGCUUGUGGGCUGCCUGACCCCGGCUCGGAAGAACAGCCGCCGCCGCCUCCUCCUCCUCUUCCUCCGCCAACACCACCGCGGGAAAAAGCCUAAGGCAGCGCAGUCCGAGCGCCCCUCCGCCCGGCCAAGAUGCCCCGAGUAGAUGCGGAUCUCAAACUGGACUUUAAAGAUGUCUUGCUCAGACCUAAACGGAGCAGCCUCCGGAGCAGAGCAGAGGUAGAUCUUACACGUACUUUCUUCUUCCGUAACUCCAAACAAACCUAUACAGGCAUCCCCAUUAUUGUAGCAAAUAUGGACACUGUUGGUACUUUUGAAAUGGCACAAGUUAUGGCUAAGUACACCAUGUUUACUGCAAUACACAAGCAUUACUCUCUAGAACAGUGGAAGCUGUUUGCAAGUGAUCACCCAGAAUGCAUAGAGCAUGUAGCGGUGAGCUCAGGCAGUGGGCUGACUGAUUUCGAGAAGCUGAUAAGUAUCAUCGAUGCCAUCCCUCUGAUCAAGUACAUCUGCCUGGAUGUGGCGAAUGGUUACUCCGAACACUUUGUGGAAUUUGUGAAAGCGGUUCAUGUCCGGUUCCCACAUCACACCCUCAUGGCAGGCAACGUAGUAACAGGAGAGAUGGUGGAAGAACUUCUUCUGUCUGGCGCAGACAUUAUUAAAGUAGGAAUUGGACCAGGUUCCGUGUGCACUACUCGGAUAAAAACUGGGGUUGGCUAUCCUCAGCUCAGCGCAGUAAUUGAAUGUGCAGAUUCCGCGCAUGGACUGCAGGGACAUAUCAUUUCCGAUGGAGGAUGCAGCUGUCCAGGAGACGUGGCCAAAGCUUUUGGAGCUGGUGCUGAUUUUGUGAUGCUGGGGGGCAUGUUUGCAGGACACGAUCAAUGUGCUGGAGAGAUUAUAGAAAAAAAUGGCAAAAAAGUGAAGCUUUUCUAUGGGAUGAGCUCUGACACCGCUAUGAAGAAGCACGCAGGUGGCGUUGCAGAUUACAGAGCUUCAGAGGGCAAAACAGUGGAAGUCCCCUACAAAGGAGAUGUAGAAAAUACCAUCCGCGACAUCCUGGGUGGUCUCCGUUCUGCUUGCACGUAUGUGGGAGCCGCCAAACUCAAAGAGCUUAGUCGAAGGACAACCUUUAUUCGGGUAACUCAGCAGCACAACGCAACCUUUUCUUAACCAAAGAAGAAAACCCCGGGCCUUUGGAGAUGUGAAAUUUGCUACGUUCUGUUUCUCCUCCACUUCAUUUCAUUAUUAUUAUUAUUAAUUAUUAUUAUUAUUAUUUGCAGAACAGGGAGGUGAUUAUAUUUCAGAUUUAGGAAAGAAGCAGGUUGCUUAAUACCAUUGAUUGUUUGUAAGGUUCACUGACAAAUGCGCGCACGACAAAUGCGCACCGACAAAACAGCGGCGAGA